AGUUCGAAUGGUAUUAAUCACAUAACAUAUUACAGUAAUCUUUCGGAAUUCUUACCGAAAAAUUUGGUCUUACUUUCGAAUGGAACAGGAUUGGAUUUGAUCUUGCCGUCGGGUUGUGUCUGUGGCGUGGGUCCUGGGAUUGGGCCGAUUGUCGGACCGCCUCCCUUCGGCACCUGGCAAACAUGAGGGGGGCGAGCCGCUCGCUCCUGUCCAAUGGCUUCCCG